GAUCGUCGGACAAGCAUCGUGAUGCAUCGAUCCAAUGAUAUGGGACCCCUCUACCCCUUAGGUCGCCCAGCUGCCGCUUAAGCCAACGUCGCCGCUGUCGAUCUCCAGACCUGGCACCGGCGCCUAGGCCAUGCGAGUCACAAUGUCCUUAGCAAUAUUUCUUCUCUUCCUUUUUUUAAAAGUUACCAACAUUCUCUCUGUCAUGCAUGUCAAUUGGGAAAGCAUGUGCGCCUCCCAUUUUAUUCUUCUAGUCGUGUUUCUAUGUUUCCAUUUGAACUUUUACAUACAGAUUUAUGGCAAUCUCCUGUUCCGAGUAUUACUGGUUUUAAAUUUUAUAUGUUAUUGUUGGAUGAUUUCUCCCAUUAUCUUUGGGUUUUUCCUUUAAGACAUAAAAGUGAUGCUUUUAA